CGAGUUCGAACUCGUCGAAAUAUCAUGUCGACCGCGCUGGGAAAGAGGAAGGGCAGGGACACCGAGACCCAGGACGAAGGGGAGGAGAAGACACAUGGAGCGACUCUUUUUGUGUCGAAUCUUCCGUACACAGCGACCUCGACCGACUUGAAGACGCUCUUCUCCGACCUCGCCCCCGUGCGCUCCGCGUUCGUGGUUCUCGAGCAGGGAACCGGGGUCUCAAAGGGCGUCGGCUAUGUCGCCUUCGCCAUCCGCGAAGAUGCCACGAUGGCCAUUGACAAAAUCAGCAAGGAGGGCAUCACGCUGGACGGCCGCGGUCUGCGAGUGCAGUGGGCGGGCAGCAAGAACAUUGCGCAAGACAAAGAUGGCGAAGAGGGCGACGAGGUGAAAAAGCCGGGGAAGAAGGCGGCACCCGCACCUCGUCUGCCAAGACCGGCUGGCCCCUCCGACCCAGUGGCCAUCCGCACGGUGGUCAUUGCAGGUCUUCCUCAAGGCAUCGACUCAAAGACGCUCUGGAAGAAGGUGCGAAAACUGCAGGGCGCAGAGAAAGUCGACUGGCCCGUCAAGUCGGAGUCCGGUCAAGAAGACCCCGGCAUCGCGCACGCGUUGUUCAACACCCCCGCUUCGGCCAAUGACGCUGUAAGCAAGCUGCACGCACACGUCUACAAGGGCUCCCUGUUGUCCGCGACGCUCAAGAAGCGGCUUGACGGUCUUGCACGGUCCGGAAUGAAGCCCAAAACAUCCGCGCAAGCAUCGGCACAGUCGAAGUCAGGUCCUGCACCAAACCGCAAUAGCCGUCUCAUUGUCCGCAACCUUCCGUUCGACAUUACCGAACAGGAUCUGCGCUCGAUAUUCCUUCCAUAUGGACCUAUACACUCGGUGCACAUUCCACUCGAUGUGAAGAAGGAGGAGGCGAAGGAGGAAGAGGCGGAUGAAGAAGAGGAGGGAACGAGCAAGCCGCGGCCGCCGCGCACCAAGGGCUUCGCGUUUAUCUGGUUCCUGAGCCGGAAGGACGCGGAGAAGGCCAUGGAGAAGUGCAACGGGAUGACCGUGGAGGCGGGCAUGGCGGAGACGCUCAUCACGGACAAGCAGAAGAAGAAAAAGCAGCGCAGGGAGGAAAAGAAGCUCAAGGCGGCGGCGGCCGGCGGCGCGGACGACGAUGGUGAGGACGAAGCCGAGGAAAAGCAGGCUAACACCCGGCAAAGAGUCAUUGCGGUGGACUGGGCACUGAGCAAGGAUAAGUGGGAGGCGGAGAAGGCGAAAAUGGAGGUAGAGGAGGAUGAGGACGUUGAAAUGGGCCAGGGUAGCGGAGAGUCGGGGGACAGCGAUGAUAGUGAUGAUUCGGACGCGGAGACCGGCUCAGAGGAGGGGAAGCUCGGCGUACAUGAAGACGGCUCGGACGAGAGCGACUCCGACGCCAGUCACGACGACUCUGACGACGAAGAGGCGAGCGACGGAGAAGCCCCGGAGCCUGUCAAGCCCACAUUGCCGCCUCCGGAGGUUGGCACGACGCUGUUCGUCCGAAACGUCCCCUUCGAGGCGACCGAGGACGAACUGCGCACUUUGUUCCGCGCCUUCGGGCCUCUGCGGUAUGCCCGCAUCACAAUGGACGGACCUACUGGCCGCUCAAGGGGAACGGGAUUCGCAUGCUUUUGGAACAAGGAGGAUGCGGAUAAGGCGAUCGAGCAGAGCACGAUCAUGCGCGCCGAAACGCUCGGCAAUGACACGACUGGGCCCAAGAAGAAUCCUUUCAAGAUGCCGUCGCUCCUUACUCCCGAUCCAUCCGCUUCCAUUGCGCAGAACCUAGUUCUACACGGCCGGACAUUGGAUGUCAGCCGCGCCGUCACCAGAGACGAAGCUUCGCGGCUGAAGGAGGUCGGCGAGCGGAGGCGGGAGAAGGCGGACAAGCGCAACCUAUACCUCUUGCGCGAGGGCAUCAUCUUGCCGAAUACUCCCGCUGCGGAGCUGCUCCCGUCCACCGAGGUCGAGAAGCGCACGACGUCGUUCAAUGCACGGCGCACGCUGCUGCGUUCCAACCCGUCGCUGUACGUGUCACGUACACGCUUGAGUGUGCGCCAACUGCCGCUCUUCGUGACCGAGCGCAUGCUCAAGCGUCUCGCCAUUCACGCCGUACGCGCGUUCGAGGCGGACGUCAAGGCGGGCAAGCGCGAGGCUCUGACCGCGGACGAGCUCACAGAGCCUAUACGCGAAGACGAGGGCGAGAAGUCCGAGACUAUCAAGCCCGAAGACGACGUUAAGGACGCCGCCAAGAAGGGCCACAAGGGUUGGACAAAAGGGGGGCGCGCAACGGGCGUGCAGCAGGCCAAGAUCGUGCGGCAGCAGGACCGUGUCGACCCCGUUACUGGCAAGGGCCGGAGUCGCGGGUAUGGGUUCGUCGAGAUGGCUGCCCACGCGGACGCGCUGCGCUUCCUGCGCUGGGCGAACAACAACGCCGCCGUCGGCCCGCUCUUCGCGGAGUGGUGGCGCGCGGAGCUCGAGGAUACGUUGAAGUCCGAGAAGGCUCGCGGGGGAGACGAGGCCCGCGUGAAACGCAUCAGGGCCGAGCUGGACAAGGAGGAGCUACCAAAGAGCCGUGGUACGCUCAUCGUCGAGUUUUCCAUUGAGAACGUGCAGGUCGUCCAACGGCGCGCGGCUCUGCAGAAGGGGCAGAAGACGGGCGAGGGCAUGAGGGAUGCGAAGGGCGGGAGGGAUACGAGGGGCACCAAGGGCACCAAAGGUGCUAAGGCUGAAGACGAGAAAGCGGGUCGUGGUGAUAAGAAGCACCGUCGGCAGUCUCUGCCAAACGUCAAGGACGAGGAUGCUGAACAGGCCCCCCUCAAGAAGAAGCGCCGUGUCUCAGACACACCCAAGCAGCCCGUGGCACCCUCGCCGACGAAAGGCGAGGAAAAGGCAAGCAGCAAUGUCGGUUCACUAAUUGGGCGAAAGCGCAAAGAGCGGAAACAGAAGAAGUCACGGAAGUAG